AUGCUGUCCCCAUCCCUGUCACCUGGAGCAGCGCCGCGGCCGCCCCCACCCGCGGGAUCCCGGCGUCCGUCGCCGGCUGCCGCGUCGCCGUCGGCGGUGGUGUGUCCGCGCGCAAAGCCGGCGUGGCGUGGCGGCCGCGGCGAGAGGGCGCGGAGGCGGGUCGGCUCCCCCCACUGGGGCCGCGGGCGGCGGCGCGGAGCGCAGCGAGCGAGCGGAGGGAGGCGGUCGCGAGCACGAGUGGGGUGGGGCGUGCCCACGGGCCCCCGCCCCCCUCGUCCCCUCGUCUGCCCGCCCAGCUCCGGAGCCGCAUCCCAGGCGCGCCGGCCGGGGUCCGCGCCGCACCCCUCCCCCGUGCGUUCUGCGGCCACCCGGGGCCUUCCAGGACACGCGGAGAGGGACCGAGGGGACAAGGACGCCCCCUUCAGCAGGAACUGCGGCGGGGGCCCGGGGUCGGGGCCGAGGCCAGGCGAGCAGCGCCACUGGAGCCAGGCGCAGGGGCUGGGACGCCACUGGGGCGCACGCAGAGGGCUGGCCGAGCCUGCAGGAGCAGCAGGCUGGGCCCGGGCCUCGGGUGACAGGCUCUGCGUGGCCAGGAAGAAGGACGGGAGACCGGCAGGGACGAGGCUGGACCUCGAGCAGGGGCAGCUGCCUCCCUCCUUACCCGAGCCGGCCGAGGAAUUCCGAGCCCUGUUUGCUCGGUCCUGAGAAAGACACUUGGCUCC